UCCUUUGCCGAUUGCCUCUUCUUCUCCUUGCUACGGACGAUAUCUCUGAGAAGAAGUACUUCUUCAGUGAUGGCCUUUUGCGCUCAAUCAAAGCUCAGCAAUCUGAAUUUAUGGAUCAAAACAUCCGUAGGAAGCAGCAGUACUGAUAAUGUAGGAGGCCAUCAUGACUCACUUAGAAGAAGAGCACCAAAAAGCCGUGCCAAAAGUAGGAUGAUGGUUAAAAUGACAGCAUCAACUAGCGGAAGCAGUGGCCAGGGGUCAUCGACGGUGGCAUUUGAGGAGGGACAGCUGGAAAGGCCGCGGUGGACCGGUGAAACGCCGCUUUCUCGGCUUGUUGGAGCCCUCAUUUCCUUCAGACCUCUCUUCUCUAUCAUGAAAUUUGGCGCAAGACAAGUUCUCAUAAGUACAGCUGAGAAGACAAAUAUUCCAUGGAGGGAAAUGACUAGACAGAUACUGGAAUCAGACGUAUACAAAGAAAUGGACAGUAUUGAGGAUCCCUCUCUUGUUUACCCUGAUUAUUACCUCAAUCCCUUCCAUGCAUAUGAUGAGGGCAAUCUUUCCUGGCUGGCUGCUGCUGAGGCAGAGGCUGCAACUAUGUCAAUGAUGAGACGGGCAAUACCAUAUGCUUCUUCAUUGGAUGAAGCUAAUCAAAUAGUUCGUGGAAAUUGGCUGAAUGCAAUUGAAGAACAUCAUCAGAAAUAUUCAGAAGAAAAUAUUGUCAGACAAAUUCUUGAUAUCGGAUGUUCAGUUGGUGUCAGCACAAGAUGCCUUGCUGAUAAAUUUCCCAAUGCUAGAGUGACUGGCCUGGAUCUGUCACCAUAUUUUCUUGCUGUUGCUCAAUAUAAAGAAAAGAAAAGCAACCCAAGAAUGAAUCCUAUCUGUUGGGUCCAUGCUAAUGGUGAAAGUACAGGCUUACCUUCCAAAUCAUUUGACAUUCUUUCUAUUGCUUAUGUGUUCCAUGAAUGCCCUGAAAGAGCGAUAAAAAUUAUGGUGAGAGAAGCCUUUCGACUGCUUCGACCUGGAGGAACUUUUGCAAUCACAGACAACUCGCCAAAAUCAAAGAUUCUUCAGGAAUUAUCACCGGUGCUAUUUACGCUAAUGAAGAGUACUGAACCAUUCCUGGAUGAGUAUUAUUUGACAGAUCUUGAAAGAGUAAUGAGAGAAGCAGGCUUUAUCAAUGUAAAUACGGUUCUCACGGAUCCAAGGCACAGGACAGUGACUGCAACUGUGCCUUACUAGCAUAACCCUCAAUCUGGCUCAUCAUUAGGCUUACCAAUCGGAGUUCAUAUCUACAGAGUUCAUGUACUAAAUGUUCGCAUUGAGGAAUCAUUUUUUUGGCAGGAUACUAAGUCAGCAUCUCAGCUGUGCUCCUAAGGAAAUUCAUCUGUAAAUUAAUAGGCUAUAUAGGAAUUUUGAAAUCGUGUCAGAAGGAAAUGGAUCCAUUUCUUGUUACAAACAAGCAAGAAAAGUCAUCAAAAUCACUGUCUUGGUUGAGUUGUGCUGAAAAGAGUUGGCAUGGAGCAACUGUUGCUCCAAUGCAACCUUUUGAUUAAGCUAAUUGAUGCUCUAA